AUGGCGGACCCGUCGACGGUUCUAGAAGAGGAGUUCGACGAGAACUACGAGCCGACGCAGGAAGACAUCCUCGAGUACGCUCAAUGGCUGGGGAUGGAAUUACCGGAGGAGGAGGAGCUGUUGUGGGUGGCGCGGCAGGGGCUCAAGGCGCCGCUGCCGCCCAACUGGAAGCCAUGUCGCACGGACGACGAUGAGAUCUACUACUUCAACUUCCAGACGGGCGAGAGCGUGUGGGACCCCCUGCGACGACCACUACAG